AUGCAACUUCAUGCAAUAGAAACGACUUUUCCUCUGAUAAAACUUCCUUUUGACCUGAUUGCAAAUAUUUUAUCGUUCUUGAUAAAACAUCAAGAUUCAAAAGUCCAUGGUUCUAAUCUUAUAUUUGUCAAUCAUUUAUUUGCCAAAGCAGCAAUACCUUAUGUCUGGUCGCAUUUAUAUCUUAAAGAACCAACGCAACGUAACAUAUUCAGCAUAUUACAAACACCACCUUCAGAACUUAUGUUUAAUUAUAGAACUAUGGUAAAAAGUGUUACUAUUUGUCCUAUUUCUAUAUCUAACAUGAAAUCUGGUGGUUUAUUAACAACAUUAGAAUUGGUUCAAAGUGUUCUUCCAAAUAUAACGAGUUUACAUAUUGAAGAUAGAUUAUCCUUUUGUCAUGUUUGUCAUGUUGGCAAAGAAGCGACCACUGAACAAGUGGCAGAUUUAAUUUGUAAGAAAGAUUUAGACAAAUUAAUUAUAGAUUCGGAUCAUUAUACGUUCAAUGAUGAAUUGCUCGAAAUUAUUACAAAGAAUUCACAUUUAAAAAGUUUGUCGAUAAAUGGUUCUCACUUUACCGAUGAUGGAAUAUUAGAUUAUGUUAUACCGAACCUUAAAAAUGAUUUAGUGGAAUUUUCAAUUGGUUUUGGUGGAAUGAAUCCUGUAUCUCUAACAAGUAAAUCAGUCCUUGCAGUUCUUGAACAUUGUCCGAAUAUAAGGCGAAUGUCAUUAGAAGGUGUAAACCUUAAUGAUUCAGAUUUCGCUGUUGAAGAUUUACCUUCAAGUCAACUUGAACAUCUUCGGUUGGGUAAAGCGUGUCAUCAAAACUUUACCACUAAAGGCCUCUUAUCACUAUUAUCAAUUUGUAAUAAAACAUUGGUUUCGCUCGUCCUAGACUUGGAUCAUUUAUCACAAACAGUACUUCAAGAUAUUGUUAUUCCUUUAUAUCAACGUCAAAACUUACAGGAAUUACAUUUAGUUUCCGAAUCAUGGGCUGAAUGGAGUGCUCAUUAUCCUAGACCUAGAUCUGAACAAGAGGUUAAAGCAAAAGAAGCAAUGUGGCGUUGGAAAUUAAAAGCUUAUUGGGGUUUAUCUGCCGAUAUGAUAGUUUUGGUGGGUAAAAAGAUUUCUACCCUAAAAGUUUUUAGCAUUCUGGGCGAAAAUCACUUAAAAUCUUUUCUUAGAUUUUAA